AUGCAAAACCAGAGCUUUGUCACUGAGUUUAUACUCUUGGGGCUUUCACAAAACCCCCAAAUUGAGAAAAUAUUAUUUCUUAUAUUUUUAUUGGUCUAUCUUGCAACUGUUGUGGGUAACAUGAUGAUUGUGGUGACCAUUAUCUAUAGUCCUGCACUGCAGAGCUCCCCUAUGUACUUCUUCUUGGCAUUCUUAUCUUUUCUGGAUAUAUGUGUCUCUUCUGUUGUCACACCAAAGAUGAUUGCAGACUUGGUUUAUGAGAGGAAGACCAUCUCCUUUGAAUGUUCCAUGACACAGGUCUUUGCUUCGCACUUUUUUGCAGCAGUGGAAGUCAUCAUCCUGGCAGCCAUGGCCUAUGACCGCUAUGUGGCCAUUUGCAAGCCCUUGCACUACUCUUCCAUCAUGAACAGGAGACUCUGUGGUAUUCUGAUAGAGGUGGCCUGGGCUGGAGGAUUCUUACAUUCUACCAUACAAAUUGUCUUCACAUUGCAGCUGCCCUUCUGUGGACCCAAUGUCAUUGAUCAUUUCAUAUGUGACUUGUUCCCAUUGCUGAAGCUUGCCUGCACUGACACACACAUUUUUGUCAUUUUGGUGUUUGCCAACAGUGGCUCUAUCUGCAUCAUUAUAUUCUUGCUUUUGCUUGUUUCUUAUGGUAUCAUUUUGUUCUCUUUGAGAGGUCACAGUUCUGAAGGGAGAAGUAAGGCUCUGUCCACCUGUGGAUCCCAUGUUGCUGUUGUAGUUUUUUUCUUUGUUCCUUGUAUAUUAAUAUAUGCCCGACCUACAUCUCCAUUCCCCUUUGAGAAAAAUGUAUUUGUCUUUACAGAUGUCCUUACACCAUUGUUCAAUCCUAUGGUAUACACUUUCAGGAAUAAAGAAAUGAUAAAUGCCAUAAGGACAAUGUGGAGGAGGCUAGUAGUGGUUUCUGGUCAACAAUAA